GUGACUUAUUCAAAAUGGCAGACGAAGGAGGAAUAAGGAAAACAAAUAUUGUAUUGUUAAUAUUUGGUCUCACUGUGCUUGGAUGCACUGGAAAUCACCAUAAACAUCCAUGCUACAAAAACAAUACCUAUCCAACAAAACAGAUUGAUACAGCAUGGAUAACGUUUAACCUGAAAGGCCUUCUUCACCAAAAUGAAAGCCUCAAGAUCUAUUCAGUUUCAGGGGAAUGCUACAUGUGUGCCAUGCAUGAAGUUUGUGAGUGCAGGGAGGAAGACAAGACGGUCUCGUUGUUGGUGGACACACGAUGGAGAACGAGAAUCAACAUUACCAGUUCUAAUGCGGAUAGCACUUGCAGUGAAGCAGCUUUGAGUGAUCAUUUCAAGGAAGGUGGACGUUACCUGGUCAUGGUAUCAUUUGAUGGUUCCACAUCCAAGGUCAAGUGUGCAAAACCAAUGCUCCUGAAUUCACCAAGAGACUGCAACAUACCUAUAUAUGUGGCAAUGGGCGUGUUUGUCUUUUUGACAAUUAUAUGGUAUUUAUUCAAAUGGAUGUUGAGAGAACGCAUAUUCCAAAGGAUUCGACUCUUCUGUUGUCCGAGCACCGUGACUUUUGACGAUCAUACUGGUUACUCAGAGCAGGACCUAGGAAUACCAACCAAUGCCGCUGAUGUCGAUAAUCACCGACCAGUCAAGGAGAGGCUUAAGUCCCUCGACACUUUCAGAGGCAUCUCGAUCGUAUUGAUGAUCUUUGUGAACUACCGUGGGGGAUACUACUGGUUCUUUAAGCACUCGAAAUGGAAUGGCCUCACUGUGGCCGACCUUGUGUUUCCAUGGUUUGUGUGGAUUAUGGGAACGGCAAUGGCCUUCUCAUUCCAAGCCCAGUUGCGUAGAUCAACUCCAAAGAAGAAAAUGUUCUUGAAAAUCUUUAAGAGAUCAGUUAUCCUGUUUGCUCUCGGGCUUUUGAUAAACUCUUCCGAUGGGCUUUCUCCUGGGAAGAUUUCUACAUUCCGGAUUCCUGGGGUUCUGCAGAGGUUUGCCGGUACAUACCUCAUCGUAGCUACCAUGCACAUGUUCUUCGCCAAACCAAAUGAUCCACACCAGUUCACAUGGUGGAGUGCAAUCCGUGACCUGACUGACUUCUGGCCAGAGUGGGUCUUCAAUAGUUUCCUAGUCAUGGUCUGGUGUAUUCUCACAUUUGCCAUCAAGGUCCCUGGAUGUCCCAAGGGUUACCUUGGCCCAGGAGGGUGGGCCAAUGAUGCAGGGGGUCACAAUGUUUCCAACUGUACUGGAGGAGCUGCCAUGUAUAUAGACCACAAAGUAUUUGGGACUGCCCACAUUUACCAACAUCCAACUUGUAAGGAGAUUUACAACACAACUGUGGCCCAUGACCCUGAAGGUCUGCUGGGAACACUGACUUCCUGUUUAAUGUGCUUCCUUGGCUUACAGGCCGGUAAAAUCCUAAGGAUGUUUCCAGACUGGAAAAGUCGAGUAAAGAGAUUCCUUAUAUGGGGAUUCAUACUGGGUGUCAUUGCUACAAUCUUAUGCAAAGGAGAGAAAAAUGAUGGUUUUAUUCCUAUCAACAAAAAUUUAUGGUCACUCUCAUUUGUGAUAUGUCUGUCAAGUUUUGCGUUUUUCCUGUUUGCAUUCUGCUAUGUUACGAUUGAUGUCUACAAGGUGUGGUCAGGGGCGCCAUUUUACUACCCAGGGAUGAAUGCAAUAUUACUCUACUUGGGUCAUGAGAUUAUCAGCCAACCAGUGGCCAGAUAUUUGAAUCUAGGAUCACGACCCCCAUCACAUGACCUGUAUCUGCCAAUCAACUGCCUGGACACAGCUGUGUGGGUGUUGUUGGCCUACUUCCUCUUCCAACACAAGAUCUUCUUCUCCGUGUGAUGAGGAUUGAUGGAUAUUUAUUUAACAACAUGAUCAUUUUUUACAAUUUGUUUGUGAAUUUAAGCAGUAUGUGUUAUUUGUGUCAACGUUAUGAAUGGCAGUCUAUUUUCAUGUAUGUUUUCAACAUCUUAUUAACAAAAGGAUCAUAGAUCAUCAUAUGCUUACCUUUUGAGUAAGUAAUCAAAUGAAGCAGUCCGGGCUUCUACUAAAGGAAGUUUGUAAGUAUAUUACUCCCUAAAAAUGGGCUAAAACUUCCAAAAAUGGGUUCUUGGAAGUACAAAAGCUUCCAUAAUUUUCAAGAAGACUUUGAAGUUCAAUUAUCAAAACCUGGUGUCAAUGUGUUACUUAUUUUGGUCAUAUUUUCAAUAGUUUAAUAUCAAUUUGUGGAGUUGCUAAUUACGUAAUUUUUAACAUAUAGUUGAAAACAGUGGAACAAAUUGGUGUUUUGGAGAGACUUCCACUUUCAGAGAAAAACUUCCAAAACUGAUAGCAAGGAAGUUCAUACUUCCAAUUUCAAAUUCUUACCGUAAUGGAAGCCCCAUUGAAGCCGUUUUAUUUAUUCCAAAACAAACGGUUAGACUGGUCAUGCAUGCAUGACUCAGCUAGAUUGAAUUAACAUAAUUAUAAAUAAUUUUUGUUUCAAUUCAAGUGGAGAUUAACAUUCAAUAUUUUGUCAAAGGCUUGUAAAUGUAUCUGCUCACUCUUGUUGUUGUUAGUUUCUAUUUGUAAUCUUGUAAGUUUUUCUGAUGGAAAAAAAGUCAAGGUGUUGUCCUAGCCUUGGUGUCCUUAUCAUCAUUGGUAGCGUUAUAUGGCAAAACCUUUCAUCUCUUCUGCAUCCCUUAAACCAUUUAAUCUAAUAUGAAUGAAACUUGGUGCACAUGUUGCAAGACACAAUAAGCACAUGUAAAGCAAGGCCCAUAACUUUGGCUUUAAUUAUUGUAAGUAUGCUCCUUGAUAAGCCUUGGUGUAUGCUCUGCCACACUUGUGUUAGUCACGUGAUUUUUUCUCAUUUAUUACAUUUACUGUUAUGAAACUUGUGUCACGGUCAUGUUAGAAGAGAAAAUAUGCACAUGUAUAUAGUAAGACCCAUAAAUCAGGCUUUAAUAAUUAUCGAGGCCUUUUUACUUGUCUUUGGUGUUGGCGAUACCUGCCUACUUCCCCAAGGACCAGACCUUUUUUUUCCAAAAUAGCCUCCGAUAUUAUUUAAAAAAAAAAUAUAUAUAUAUAACAAGAAUUUCAUGAUUCAUUUAUUGAUGUUUCUGUGCGACAUAUUUACUGCAUUAUUGAUAUUUAACUCCAUUUGUAAAACUAAAUGGACCAAACUGUUUGAAUAAGAACUUACAUAUUUUUCCCCCAAACUGGAACAAACAGUGUUUUCCUCACGAAAAAGGCUAGGGUGCCUUCUCCAUAACUAGUAAAAGGGCCCUGAUUGUAGUUCUGCUACUGAUGAGCAUUGGCAACACUCUCCCAUGGUUUUUCACUCUAGUCAUGGUUUUUCCUCAUUAUAUUAAUCGUUAAAUUUAUUUUUGUUCUCUCAUUGUACAUUAACAUUCAUUGGCAGCUUUGUAAAAAAAAUGCAUUUCAUGUUAUUUUGUUUGGUUGUUUUUAUGGCUGUUUCCAGAUUUAUCCGCCUUCAUGCUUGGAAGAUGUUCAUCUGUGUAAAUAAUUUUAAUAGGAGUUUUGUGAACUUGAUAAUAUAACAUUUAAUAGUUUUUCAUUCAAAUUAUGUAUGUUAUAAUACUUGCAUGAUCUGCAAAAUUGUUUGAUAUAGGACAAUUGUAUUGGUGAAAAUUCAUAUAUUGUACUUGAUCUUUGAUUACACAACAUUUGUAUUUGAAAGAAUGCGUUUAUCUGGCUUGAACUUUCUGUAUACUGUCAAAGAUGCUUUGCUGACAUGAUAACCAAUUGCUAGUUUAUGAGGUUGUAUUUACUUUUACAACUAUUUAUUGUGCAUAUUAACAUACAUGUACACAUAUGUAAAUAAUCAUGGUUGUCCAAAUGAACAUCGAUACAAGAACUGUAUACACGUUGUCAUUGCUGGAGUACAGGAUACUUCCAGUUGGUUGUUAAUUAUACUGUUAUUGAUAUUAUUGUUAUGUAAAGGGGAGGUAAUUAUUAUUGAUAUGUAAAGGGGAGGUAAUUAUUAUUGAUAUGUAAAGGGGAGGUAAUUAUUAUUGAUAUGUAAAGGGGAGGUAAUUAUUAUUGAUAUGUAAAGGGGAGGUAAUUAUUAUUGAUAUGUAAAGGGGAGGUAAUUAUUAUUGUUAUGUAAAGGGGAGGUAAUUAUUAUUGAUAUGUAAAGGGGAGGUAAUUAUUAUUGUUAUGUAAAGGGGAGGUAAUUAUUAUUGUUAUGUAAAGGGGAGGUAAUUAUUAUUGAUAUGUAAAGUAGUGGUAAGGAACUGAAACCAAUAUAUUUUGCCCAUUUGUUAUUUUGACUUUGCCAGUCAAAGUUUUCAAUACAUGUUAAUUAUACUGUUCAUCACCAAUGGAAAUUAUCAAUAAAUAAUUGAUCUUGAA